AUGGAUGACGGUCAUGUUGGUCAAUCCAAAUAUGACAUUCUCAGUUUACCCUUGAGGCCCAAGAGCUUCUUCGUUGCCGCGAAGCCUGUCGCAGAACCCCAGCUGCUAGCAAGAACUGGAACGGCUGGACUUCCUAUUCGAGCUCGGAUAUCGUUGGAAGAUCAUCCCUUGCCUCUUUUGAAGGAUCCGGCUCUCCUUGCCGUAUCUGCCUUGUCUCCUGAAUGGACCAUAUCAAGUCUCACUUCGGCCCCUGAGGUAGAGCCUUAUGGCCAAAACAUUCAAAUCGCUGCACCUCAAGAAGUUCGAGAGAAAUUUGCUUUUAAGAAAAUGGCCAAUGAACAGGCUAUACAGGAUGGGUGGACAUCGAGGACCGAAGUGUGA